AUGCUUGAAAAGAAUCUUCGAAAACUAAUAGCGAUAUGUUUCCUCCUAACUUAUGUGUUACUAGGUAUUCCUUUAUGGUACAAAUUAACAACAAUAUAUCGGGCCACGCUUCCCAUAGAUUACAUUGAAUCACUACAUAAUGAUCAAUAUCAAGAUGUUCAUUUGGUUAUUCCCGUGUAUAUUAAACCUGAUGUUUACAAAUUCCCAGACAUACAUGAUGCUGUACAAAUCCAAAUCAAUCAUUUAUUAAACUCAUUGAAACAAAAAGUGCCAUGGUCAUUACAAAUAUUACCAUAUGAUGAUACCAUUGACGAGAAAAAUCAUAUAAUUAAUUUGGAAUUGGCUGAUUUUGUUGGAUAUAAUGCUGCAUUCGAUAGCAAAGAGACUACAGUUUAUUAUGAUGAUAAAUCUGUUGCUAGUAAUGAUUUGCCUUUUUUUAUUGCACAAACUUUAAUUGAACAUACAUUCCAUAUAGAGGCAUCUGAAUUAAAUGAAAUAGAACAACCAACUCCUCAAACUAGUAUUUCCGUGGCAUACACACCCAAUGUUCAUUUAAGUAUCUCACUUCUAAGUGGGGAUGGUUUACCAAUUGGUUGGGAUAUUGAAACAACUUUAAAAGAUUAUUUUUCUCCCUUUAGGGAACUUUUGUCUCCAGUUGUCAAUUUUACAGUAGAUACCUCAAUUAUUUACUACAAUGAUUUGAACUUACAUUCAUUGAAUUCAACUUCAAAUAUUACAUCUACACAACUAUCUCAUGCCAUGGAUUUGUCCGAAUUAUCAUCUAUGAAUUAUUUUUCAGAAUCAGUCGCAUUAAACUUGGCGAUCGUAUUCCCAAGUUUAGAAAGGAACCCUAACGGCUUCGAAUUUAUUAAUUCCCCUAAAAAUCACAGUAAUUGGCAAAGUUUUGUCGUACCACAAUGGGGAGUUAUUACUAUUAACAAGUAUCCAUUAAGAAAGAAUUCAUAUUUGACGGAGUCAUAUUUGAACCCAAUAAUGUAUCAAUUUGCUCAAGAUCUAUUUGAAUUAUUAGGUCUUACAAAUUCAUUAGAUGAUGAACUAUUAUCACCUAUUAUAACGAUAGAUUCAUUUAAAAGAAUAACGAUAUUAAAGAAUUUAGAGAAGGCAACUGAAACUCUAUGGUCAUUAGUUAAAUUGACUAAAUCAUUCCAACAAAUGGCUAUCCCCAAGGAAGUAUUAGAGAAUGUGAGGAAGGCAUUAGAACUAAGAUUGAAUAUAGUUGAAAUGUUAAAUGAUCCUAAGUUGGGAGAUGAUCUAGUUUGGAGUCAAGCAUUAAUUAUGAGUAAUCAACUUGUCGAAUAUUGUGAGACGGCGUUUUUCCAUGGUGAGAUGUUGAAGCAGAAUUUCUUCCCACAGGAACAUAAAGUUGCCGUCUAUUUGCCAUUGUUAGGACCAUUGACCAUUGUCACACUUAUGGGGGUUAUAAAAUGCUUUAAAGAAAAUAAACUACUGGCAAAGUUACAGGAAAUCGACGAAGACGUAUCGUCAACCACCAUAUAUAAUGAUGAUGAAAAACAGGAUGAGAAGCUCAUACAGGGUUCAGAGUCGGAUGAACUCUAG